CACCAAUUAAGAUAGAUAUCAUAUACUUCACAUAACCCUUCCCUUCAUUGUUAUUAAAAAGUAAAGUAACACGUCCUCGUUAGUAUUGUUAACAAUUGCAUAAAAGAAUCAUAAGUGUAAUUCGUCAUAGUUAUAUAUCAAACAGUAUCCUGAAAUAAUGAAUUCGAUUUCUCAACAAUUUUCACAUAGCAAUACGAAUACUUAUAUGAAUGAAAUAAGUGCUGCCAAAAAUGAGUUUGCCAGCGGGGUUCAAUUAGAUUUGGCACCAUCAAUUGAAUUACCACCAAUUUCACAACCAACUGAAUUUUUGAGAGCUCAUACUGAUGAUGCCAGUAAUCCAGAUUGUAAAAUUAAAAUUGCUCACGGUACAACCACAUUAGCAUUCAGAUUCCAAGGUGGUAUUAUUGUAGCUGUUGAUUCUAGAGCUACUGCUGGUAAUUGGAUUGCUUCUCAAACUGUUAAUAAAGUUAUUAGAAUUAAUCCAUUUUUAUUGGGUACCAUGGCUGGUGGUGCUGCCGAUUGUCAAUACUGGGAAACUUGGUUAGGUACUCAAUGUAGAUUACAUGAAUUGAGAGAAAAAGAACGUAUUUCUGUUGCAGCUGCUUCUAAAAUAUUAAGUAAUUUAGUUUAUGAAUAUAAAGGUAUGGGUUUAUCCAUGGGGACCAUGGUUUGUGGUUAUACUAAAAAGGAAGGCCCAACUGUUUACUACGUUGAUUCAGACGGUACUAGAAUGAAGGGUGAUAUCUUUUGUGUUGGUUCCGGUCAAACUUUUGCCUACGGGGUCUUGGAUUCAGAGUACCAUUGGGAUUUAAGUGUGGAAGACGCAUUAUACUUGGGUAAGAGAAGUAUUUUAGCCGCCACCCAUAGAGAUGCUUAUUCUGGUGGUUCAAUCAACUUGUAUCACGUUACCGAAAAAGGUUGGAUUUAUCACGGUAACCAUAACGUUGGUGAUAUCUUCUAUGACAUCAAAGAACAAGAAAAGUCCUUCAAUAAUGUCGAUGGUUAAAAGUAGUAUUAUUGCAUAGUGCUCCCCUAUUUCUUAU